GAGGUGGAGCGGGCGCGGCUCGCCGCCGUCGAGGCGUUGCGGCGGCUCGAGGGGGAGGACCAGCUCGGGCGGGCCCGCGCUGACAGCCCCGCAGCGCGGAGCGCCAGAGCGGCGUCAAACACAUCUUCUGGCUCGAGAGAGGUCAGGAGUGGCGUGUUUGAGUACAAGAUAGAGAACGGUCCAGACAAAGGUGUCAUGAAACAGCUGACUUUCUGCCCGAAGGACGCGUCGCCGGAGGAGGUGGAGCGGGCGCGGCUCGCCGCCGUCGCGGCGCUGCGGCGGAUCCAGGAGGAGGACCUUGCGCUCGGGUCGAGCAGCUCGGGGGGGCCCUAUGCCGGCUGCGGCCGCGGAGAGGCGCCCGCCGCGCCUGCCGAGGGGGAGGAGCGGCUGGCCGCCUUCCGCGGGCGCUACCCUGUCGACGACGGCGCCUUCGAGCUCUUGGCGAGGCAGCCGGCCCAGGUGCAGUCCAUGGUGAUCGCGGGGUUCUGCCCGCCAGAGGAGGGCCUGUCCGACUACUCGGCGCUGCUGGCGAGCGUCGUCCAGACCAUCACGGCUGCCGCACGGCGGCCGCGCCAGGUCGCGACAUUCUCGACGGGCUGCUUCUGGAAGUCGCAGGAGCUGUUCGACAGGGUGAGCGGCGUCCUCAGCACCACGGUCGGCUACACUGGCGGUAACACGCUGAGCAAGCCCACGUACGAGAGCGUGCAACUUGGGGACGGGCAUUCCGAAGCAAUCCGCAUAGAGUUCGACCCUGAGCUGAUCACCUACGACGAGCUCCUCACUCACUUUGACCGCAUUCGCGAGCGCACGCCAGCGCCAGUGGGCUUGGCGUUCGCUGGGGGGGCACAGCAGCACACUGCCGCUCUGCAGGCUGGGACCAAGGCGCAGCACCUCUCGGCAGUCUGGUACCACGACGAGGAGCAGAAGAAGGCCCUGCAGGAACGCGCCAGACGAGGCGCCCCGGAGGUCCACGCCGCGCGCAUGGAGACCUGGCACGACGCGGAGAGACACCACCAGAAGUUCUACCAGAAGGGCUGCAGCGUGCAGUGA